UCUUUGAGGUCGGCCUAGCCGGUCCGCCACAGCGAGAUUGAAAAUCUUUACAUGCGUUGAAUUGCGCGGCGCUACCAAGUCGAUUUCAAAAAUUUAAAAAAAAAAUCAAACGGGAGAAAAUAAAUGUUGAGAAAAAAAUUAUUAAUAAAUGUUGUGCAUCAACAAAGCUAAUUGUUGUUAAGUGUUAAUUGUGAUGUACGAUGGCAUACAAAUGUCGGGAGGAGAUUGUGGGGAAACGUUUUUUAUCAGUGAGUGGUUUUACCAAAUUAAAAGUUGGUAAAAUCAGUGAGUGGGGGUGGAGAGCUGGUGUUAUACGUGCUGCUACACACAAGGACAAUAAUCAUCCCGAGUUGCAGAUCCUUGUGGAAUAUGACGACGUCGAGUGGCACCGAAGGGAAUGGAUCAGCGUCUACAAGGACAAACUAUUCCACCUGUUUAUGGUGGAACAGGGCUUGGCAUGGGUCAAACGCCGUGAUCCUUUCGCUCCAUCAAGCACCACGACGGUCCUUUGGCCUGCCCUUACGUUUUCGCCUCUGGUAUCCGCCGUAGAUGUGAUGCUACAACAACAACAACCAGUGGAAUUUCUCCUAGACAAAGAACUCGCUUUCGAAGAUUAUAAACUACUCAAACCUUUUCAGGAAUGGGAUUCGAGUUUAGCAGGAGUAAGGGAGUAUCCGGAAUUGAAAGCUGCUGUAAGACGAUGGGCCGAACAACAGGACGGUCAAAGGAUUCUUCUUACUACCCCUAGUGUUUUGGUGGGGUAUCGAGUGGAGGUGUACAGGGCUGAGGGCACAACGCAGUGGUACACCGCCGUGAUAGUGGGAUACAACGAAGCUACAAGGGACCUGACUGUAACAGACGACACGGUUUUGGAGGAGCACAAUGAGGAUCCAGCUUUGGUCCAAAUGCGUCUCAUCGGCGACGGAGUGGUGGAGUCGAUCAUGCGCGGGGAGAACGUGGGUAUCACCCCUCGGAGGUCACGAUCCGCCGUGCUACAGACGCAGUAUCAGCAACAACCGAGCCGUGUUGUCCGAGGAUUAUCAGUGACCUCCACGAGUAGUGUCAACGGCAGGAAGCAUCAUCAGCGAUCUGGAAAGUCUACUUUCGACGUCGCCUCCUCCGUUGGAGGAACAUCGCCGGAACCGCUCGAUAAAGGUUCAAAGACACGAAAACGCAAACCAAGUGAAACCCGUCCGAAUUUCGGUGGUAUAAAAGAGGAUUUGGAGAAUAAUAAGCAAAGUCGCAAGAGGAAUGUGUCAAGUAAGAAGAAAGUUUUAGAAGAGGUGAACAAUAGUAAGCUUCGAGAGGUAGAAAUCCGCGUGGAGGACUGCCUAUUGAAGUCCUCGUCGACGGUAGAGUGUUCGGAUUUAGAUGACACGAGUAACGGCAGUAGUGUGCAAUUAGUGCCCGUGGAAGUCGUCCCCGAGGAUGAAGACUCCUCAGUGCGCGUUGCUACGUCGUCUAUGCCGGUGUCUGGAGCGGUAACUGAGGUAGUCAGCGAGGAGGACGACUGUGUGAUAGUGGCCCAUCAACGGACGAGAGUAAAAAUCUCAGGGCGCGAGUGCUCCAGCCGCGGUGACGAUGACGGACCCCUGUCCUCGUCCUCGCCCUUCAGCAGGAUGGAACUCUCCGACUCCGCGAACGCGUUGCGCUUCCCGGAUGACCGCUCCGACUCCGGCGUGAGUUCCCUGCGUUCGAGCAGCGGCGAUGAACGCUCCGGAUCGCGUUCAAGCGCGUUGAGUUCCUCCGACGAGCCGCAGAAUACGUCGACGUCGACGAACCGGUCGCCGCUCUUCAUACCGGCCCAAGGCCAUCAUCAUACCGCCACCGAACCGGUGCGCGUGUGGAGAGACCCCAACUUGCUGUUGGAGUCAGAACCGCACGUCCGCCACAUACACAGCGUGCAGCAUCAGUCGCUGCUCAUGUCGCACCCUUCGACGCCGGCCGUCUCGGGCCCGCCACCCACCUCGAACACCACUGCCACGCAUCCGGCGGCGCUAUUCCCGCCAGUGCCGCCACCACCCACACUCAUGACGCCGCAUCCGCUACCACAUCAUCCCCAUCUUGCACCAGCCACGCUAUAUCCCCAUCCGCAUCAUCUGGAUAUCCUAUGGAAGCAGCAACGGUAUGCGCCGCUCGGUGCGCAUCUCCUCACACAACCUGGGGCACAUCCCACGGAGGAGAUGCUCGAGAGGGAGCGAGAACGAGCCGCCCUCAUCAGGGAGAGACAGAAUCAGGAAGUGCGUGAAUUGGAGAAACAGAAAGAAAAGGAACGAUUAGAGCGUGAGCGUCAGGAACGCGAGAAAGCCGAGAGAGAUCGUGAGAAACAAGAACGAGAUCGUGAAGAGAAAGAACGUCAAGAGCAAGCCCUUAAAAAUCAUUUUGAAAAGUCGUUACGGCAAGCUCAAAAGAGGGAUCAUUGGAAUCCCAUAGGUGGACGACCGCCACAACCAAGACCGAACAGUGAAGAUGAGAGGAAACGUGUAGAACAGGAAAUCCACCAAAGGGGAGAUACGAGACACUUGGCUGUGAGGUCGGAACGAGAUCACAGAGCGUAUUACACGACGGGUCAACGUCCACCAAGUGUCCCCACAAAGACUGAGUACCCUCCACCACCGGCCCACAGUCGUGUCCCCACAAGUAAACCCUCCGAGAAGAUUCCAACAAUGCAUUCGUCUCAACUCCAGAAAGGUGAAGUCAACGUUUUCGGAUAUCCCGUUUAUUCCCCAUUAUUCUCCCCUCACGAACCAAAGACCAAAUCCGAUCAUCAUAAAUCUCAGUCUCUCGUCGUAUCGAAAUCCACAAUGGAUAGUCGUGAAGUGUUAUCAAAUCCUCCGCCUUUAAUGAGCGAAAUGAAAAAUUCCGUCAUAGUGAAACACGAAGGGAAGAAUUCCCACCAUUUGGAACCUCGAGUCUCCAUUGCUCAUUCCCCAAGUCCCAAACUAAUUGGGACUCAUUAUUUGACAGCAAAUCAACCCAAAGGGAAUCUAUACGAGUAUAGAAGCCCCGUCCAGUCCCCCCAUCAUCUCUCCCACACCCCCAGCCCCCAUCAUAACCUCGAACCCCAAAAUUUGGGCAAGACUUCACACCAUCGCCAGUCGAAUCAACUACCCAGUCCGCAUCAUCAAAGACAGUCCCCGCAUCACCCCCAACAACACCCCUCACCGGAACUACGCUACCGGGAGUCUCAAAUGAUCUACCCCACUGGGGGUAAAGGAAACUACUACUUAUCAAACACAACUUCCGCUUAUUCGUUAUCAGCGAGUGUCUCAAGUGUCUCAAACUCAAAACCGAAAGUGAGCAGUCCGGCCCCACACCACAUUUACGGCAAACCAGGCCCCCCAACUGGCCCCCCGGUGACCCGUCACGAGCCCUCAACCCCAAUCCAACUCACCGCCAAGCCCCCAUUAUCCUCAUCAGUCUCACCGAGUCCCUACCAACAAAUGUCGCAAUACCAUCCACCGCACCCCCAGAACCCCCCAACACUGACAUGUCCCCCGCCCGCUCACAGUCGAUACCCAGUGAAGACAUCGUCGCGGAAUUCCCCCCCAACAGCAGCGUCAGCCCCCCGAUACAUACCAACUGUGCAAACCCAACCCUUGGAUUUGGGUGUCUCCAAAUACGAUCCUUCCGUAAGCCCCAAACGUAAAGCCACACCGGUGUGUCUCGAGACGAAGAAACGACGAAUUGAGCCCCAAACACCCCAAUUAGCACGAGUUAGUGAACCUAGCCCGUUAAUUGCAAGUGCCGCGACUACUAUCACUACUGUAGUGAACACAGCAGCGUAUCAAACACCUCCAAUAACCUCAAAUGACAGUUGUGACAUUAGUGUGACAGUUGAAACAGUGCGUCCAUCUAGUGUCGAAGCAAAUCAACCAACGAGUAAUAGUCCGGCACCAAACCCCCCUACCAAUCAACCGGAAAUGGAACAAAACACACCUGUCAAGUUAACAAUUGCGCCCAGCUGUCUCGAUUCAGAAAAAUCGAAUAGUCCAGGCCCCACAAAAUCCAGUACUUAUCCAGUGCGACAUUUAAAGAAAGCGUGGCUUCAAAGACACACCGGAGAAGAUUUAGAAGACACAACCGGAGUCACCGGAUCCGGAAGUUGCGUCACUUUACCCAUAAUCAACAUGGCGUCCAACAAUAAAGAAAACCCAGUUCACUCGAUUCACUCAAUCGGGUCAAUGGCCGUUAACAGUAUCAACAAAACGAAACAUUUCGCCCCAAAACCCAACAACAGGAAAACCCCCAGUAAGGAGCCCCUCAAUGGGGACACGACCAAAGCCGACGACUCCUCGAGUUCGGACCAGGACCGCGGCCGCAAGUCCCCCCCGAAACGCAAGCCGCCGAAAGUGAAGCGGAAAAAGGGCCCCGUGAAGAAGCCCCCUUUGGAGGAGAAGAAACGCAAACCCGGGGGGCAAUCAGUGGUGGUGAGUGAAAGUGGUUCCGAUAGUGAGAAGGAAAGUGGCAGUGAGAAAGACUCCGAUUCGGGGGCGAGUACGAAAAAGUCGCUAAGUGGGGGUAAUAAAGAGCCGAGGAAAAGGGGACGAAGACCCAAGUCGUCAAAAAACGAUAAAGGCGAGGAGCCGCGCGUCAAGAAAUCCAAAGAUGAGACGGUGCCCCAGCGCGACCCCUUUCGCAAACCCCCAGUGGGGCAGCUGAAAAAGACCGGCGAGAGUUUUUUACAAGACGGUCCGUGUUUCGAGGUUGCGCCCAAGUUGGCCAAGUGUCGGGAGUGUAGAUGGACGCCGAAUCAAAGGUCGAAGAAUAUGCCCAAUAUUUUUUGCCGGUUUUAUGCCUUUAGGAGGUUGAGGUAUACGAAAAAUGGACAAUUAGCAAUUGCAGGAUUCUCCGAUCCGCACAAAGAUGCGUUAGAGGACGAUUUGAGGUUAUGGUUGCCCAACCCCGAAGCGCCGCCACAGGAUUUGGAUCUGGAGACGUCCAGAUUCAUUCUUAAACAAGUCGGGGACCAUUUCUGUGAUCUAUUUGUCCAAGAGAAGGAAGCGCAUGCCGAAUAUGUCUCUGACGACAAGACCGUGGCGUGGAAGCGCGUGGUGCAAGGAGUCCGCGAGAUGUGCGACGUUUGCGAGACCACUUUAUUCAACUUCCAUUGGGCGUGUGGUAAAUGCGGCUUUGUUGUAUGUCUCGAUUGCUACAAGAGUCGCAAAAACGGUUCGAUUAAAGUGUGGGGCGAACCUGGUAAAGAUCGUGACGAAUUUUCAUGGUUAUUGUGCACGAAUCGUCAAGCUCACGAACAGGAAAAACUAAUGCUGACUCAGAUCAUCGCCGGCGAUUCACUAUCACAACUCGGUAAAAAGGUCCACGAAAUGCGCGAAUUGUGGAACAUCGAACAAUAUUGUGCAUGUCCAGCGAGUAAAGAAGUUGUACAAAAACCAAACAAUGUUGCUUAUAAGGAAAUCGUCAAGAAAAUCCUCCUCGAGAGUAAAGUAAACGGAAUUAAAAAGGAGAUUAAAGAGGAAGGUGAUGUGAAAGUUGCCCCAAAUGGAGUCGUAAUAAAAGAUGAGAAAACUUCACCUUUGUCAUGGUUGGCCGAUGUUGCGUUAUCAAAUGAAGAUAAGAAGAACGAUGAUAAUAGUACGAGUGAUUCAGAUGAGGGGAGUUUUUCCACUUUGAGGGAAUUGUUAAUACGACCUUCGCAUAAACCAAAUGGGAGUCGUGCAGGAUCUCCAGUUUCACAAAAAAACAAUAAAAAAGUUAAUAAAAUCGAUACUUUAGAUGAGGUUAUUUCAAGUGUGAUUGAAGAUAGUGUACCAAAAGUGACCGAAGUCACUUCUGAUGUUAAACCCGAAUUGAAACAUUUCCUACGACGGUAUAAUUGGCAAGCAAAAGGUCGUGCACCACUUCCUAUUCGAAUAAUGACUCUAACUGAGAGCAAAAUGCUAUAUCCUGAUGUCCCUCAUAGUUGGCUGUGUGAUGGUAAAUUAUUAAGACUGAGCGAUUCCACGCAUAAGGAUAACUAUAAGAUAUUCCAAGAUCAAUGGAAACGUGGCCAACCGGUGAUAGUCUCCGAUGUGACUAAAAAUCUCAAUAAGGAUUUAUGGAAUCCUGAUGCUUUUGCUCGCGAUUUUGGCGAUGAAAAAAACGACCUAAUCAAUUGUAUGACUGGUAAUUUGGUUCCUAAUCAACCAAUGAGAAAAUUCUGGGAGGGUUUCGAUCAUUUCUCGAAACGAUUAAAAGACGAUCGAGGUAAUCCAAUGUUGCUCAAACUGAAAGACUGGCCUCCGGGUGAAGACUUUGCUGAAAUGCUCCCAAGUCGUUUCAGUGAUUUAAUGAAAGUUUUACCUUUAUCGGAAUAUACACACCGGACUGGUCGUUUAAAUCUCGCGAGUCGUUUACCGGAUUGUUUCGUGCGUCCGGAUUUAGGUCCGAAGAUGUACAAUGCGUACGGAUCGGCCUUGCAUCCGUCUAAGGGCACAACGAACUUACAUCUCGAUAUAUCGGACGCUGUGAAUGUGAUGGUGUAUGUGGGGAUACCCAAAGAUGGGGACAGUGAUGAGCAUAUCAAGGAGGCGUUUCGGGCGAUUGACGAAGCCGGUUGUGAUAUUUUGACACGUCGGAGAGUGCGUGAUAAAGGGGAAUUACCGGGGGCUUUGUGGCAUAUUUACAAUGCGCGAGAUGCGGAUAAAAUCCGCGAUUUAUUGAAUAAAGUCGUUGUGGAGAAGGGAGGGAGAUUGGAGCCCCAUCAUGACCCGAUUCAUGACCAGAGUUGUUAUUUGGAUGGGCCGUUGAGGGAGCGGUUGUAUAAGGAGUAUGGGGUGGAGGGAUAUGCGAUUGUUCAGUGUCUAGGGGAUGCUGUUUUUAUCCCAGCUGGGGCUCCACAUCAAGUGCGGAAUCUCCAUAAUUGUAUUAAAGUAGCAGAGGAUUUUGUAUCGCCGGAGAAUGUGUCGCAUUGUUUCCAUUUAACUCAAGAGUUUCGCGAUCUUUCAGACACUCAUACGAACCAUGAGGACAAAUUACAGAUAAAAAAUAUCAUUUAUCAUGCGGUGAAAGACGCGCUUUCGUGUAUCAGUGCGGUGUUGAACAAGCACAUGUGCAAGAAAGAAGAUGAGUUGGAGAGGAAUGGUGAGGGAGAAGCGGCUGAGUCUCAGACAGAAGAGACCGCCUGAAUUUGUGAUAGUAGACUAUGAAUUUGUAAAUUACUUCUUGUGUGAUAACGAAAAAUUUUUCUGUGUAUAAACCAUGAUGCCCUAUGCACGUGAGCUGUUGUGUGUACAUAUGUGUACAUUGACUUUAGUUGGAUGAAAUGCUGAAUAUGCACGGUUUAUCUUCCUGUUAGUAGUGACUAGUGGCUUGAGGGUCACUUGUAAUUAGCCUAUUACACUCAAUUGUUGACUACUUGGCGUCCCGAGGGACUAUAUAUCAAUGUUGUUUCAAAGUACCAGUGGUUAUUUUUGUCACUUGUAUACUGUGCCUGUUGAGAAAAAUGGUAUUUUUAACUACCGAAAAACUUUUGAAAAACUCGCUAUUCAGUAUUCUUUGUGGGUUUGUUAUAGUUACUUCAUUGCAGCAUCUGAAAAAUUAAGUGCUAUUUCAUUCAAAGUGCCAAUUACGAUUAUUUUAGGCAAAGCUGAACCAAAUGAUCUCGACUUUGUGUUGUUUACAACGAUGAUAACAAUUAUCCCACUUAAAACUUCUUAUUGUAGGUAUCGACUGUACAUUUAUUUUAAAUGUUCAUUUUUCUAUAUGUAAAAAUUGUUUCAACAUGUAAAAGAUUACUAUAAUUUAUUUUGCUUUCGCAGUCAUUAAUUGUACAGUAGAAUAGUCUUUUGUACAGUAACGAAUAUGUUUCCUUUGCCUCUAACAGAGGCCACUUUUUUGUACUAUGUAUAUUAUGUAAGAUUCUAGGUUUGAAUAAGAAAAUGUUUAUUAUCA